AUUUCGAUUCGAAGGGUGUAUUUCAUUUCAGUUGUUGAUUCAUAUUCGUUAGAGUAAGUGUUGAUUUUAUGCUGUUGCGUUGUGUUUUGCUGUCCAUAGAAAUAACCUGUAUUGGAAAAUCGCCACAUUUUUUAAUAAUAUCUAUUUAUUCGUACUAACUUAGAAAAGCGGAUCGAUUCUUCGCUUUUUCGGGAGCAGAUUCCUUAGACAGUCGUAGAAACGUAAAAUCAAUCAGCGUAGAACCAAACUCGGUUUAUAAACUUAACGUUGUAAUGAAUCAACAGAAUACGUGAUGAAAUAAACAACAAAAGCAAUCGCUGUCAAAGAGAAAAUGAUAAACAUUAAACAUAGGCAUAUGUAUAAAGUGAAAAACGUGCUCGCAUUCAUACAGCUCCAUUGGCUUUUAGUUCACACAAGCUUUCCGAAAGACGCAUUCGCUUUUGCGCUCCCUCUCUGAAUUCGUUCAGUAUUUGUGUACGAUUUGUGUAUUGGAUAAGAAAACGAAACGCGGACUAGUUGGGAGUGAGCUUUUUCUUGGCGCAUUCUCCCGUCGCAGUUGAAGCAGAGAAUAAACAUCGUUUCGGCAACGUUGGAUGUCCGUCCGUAGCUAUUUUAAAGUACCACACAACUGCCAGCGUAAUGAGUAACGAAUCAGCUGCUAUUGAGGUGACACCGCUUCAUCGGCCGGAAAGACAAAAUAGUGCAGACGUGUCGUCGUCUUCGUUGUUGUUGGUAAAAACUCGUGACGUGGAGAACCGCUGUCGAAAUCCGAAUCAUAAUUGCAACGACAUUGGUGGCAACAAUUGCAGCUGCAGCAACGGCUAUCACAGCAACACUACUAUACCCGCAUCAGCUACAGUGGCAAUCGCAAAUUUAAAUAACAACAACAUAGAAGUACGCCUAGGCGCUGGCUAUACGGGGGCAUCAUCCAACGAACACGUUUCGAAAACCAUCAAAAUGGAUCACAACAAACGCGUUUUAUAUCGUGUAGCGCUGGAUGUGUUCAUACUGCUCUGCGUGGGCUUUCCAAUUUUAUGUUUUUACUUGUGGGGUGCUGCAUAUCAACGUGGAUUCUUUUGCGACGACGAAUCGCUAAAACACCCUUUCAAAGAAUCAACAAUCCGGAAUUGGAUGCUGUAUUUUAUAGGAUUAGUCCUGCCCAUUGGAAUGAUCCUCACAGUUGAAAUCAUAAAGGAGAAACAUGCCAAGCCUUCAACUGAAGACAUCAUUUCACGACGUCAGUAUGUCAUUAUGGACUAUGAAAUCCCCGCCUGGAUGGUUCAAUGCUACAAAAGUAUUGGAGUUUUCGGAUUCGGCGCAGCUAUUUGCCAGCUAAUAACAGACGUUGCUAAAUACUCAAUAGGACGAUUGAGACCACACUUUUUCGACGUCUGCCAGCCGAUCAUAUCCGACGGCACCACUUGUAAAGAUGCGGUUAACAUUGGAAGGUACAUUGAAAACUUCAGCUGUAGCACCAAUUUCUCUAAGCGCCUCAUAAAAGAAGUUCGUCUCUCCUUCCCCAGUGGGCAUUCAAGCUUUACAUUCUACACCAUGGUUUAUACCGCGUUAUAUUUACAAUCUCGCAUGAACUGGCAUGGGUCGAAGCUGUUCCGACACUUUCUGCAAUUUCUGUUCAUUAUGAUUGCCUGGUAUACGGCGCUGAGUAGAGUGUCCGAUUACAAACAUCAUUGGUCCGAUGUGCUGACUGGUUCCACAAUUGGGGCACUCACCGCCAUCAUUGUGGCGAAAUACGUCUCGGAUUUGUUUCAGCGAAGAUCCCCUCAACAAUAUCUGCUGCCCCGCACAUCACAGGACGCACAACCACAGACGAUAGCCACUAACGGGCAUUAAGCCUAGGCUCUGCAUCGAACAGUAUUCGCCUUUUAUACACAAACGUGUUUUAAACAAUAUUAUUAAGGAUAUGUGUGUAUGUCUUAGAUGUGCAUUGAUAUGUAAGUGAUGAUAGCGCCAAUUCAUUCAAAAACCCUUGUACUAUUUAUUCUUACCUAAUACGUAAUGAUUGUUAACAACAAUACAACAGUAAAUAUAAGUGUACUCGUAUAUUUAAACAUAUGAUAAAUUGGCGACAAUAAUGUGACGUAGUAGCUGUAAGAACGCUCGGUAUUAAGUUAGAUGUAAAUAUAAAUGUAUACUCAUAUAUACUUACGUACAUAUGAAGUGGUACUUCAAUGACCAAUAAUGCUGCACGAAUCGCGAGUAUUACAACCGUGGGUUCUACUCGAGUGAUGAAUUAAAUGAAUUUUACCAUAGCGAUCGGCUAAUAACAAUAACAAUUUGUUUUAAAUACGUAAUAACCAACAAUAUUAUGUGCUUUAUACGUACAGACUUUAAGCAGUUCUAGUUGAUUCGAAAACAAAAUGUUGUGAUUCGAUUGCCUUAAAAGAAAUAUAAAAAAAAAGAUUUUAAGAAAAACCAUUUCAACAACAAGUUAUUGAAGAAACAAUCAGAGCUUAGAGCUUUCAUGCACUUUCGCUAUUAAAGUACAAAAGUAAGCGUUGUCAGAACUUCGCUGUUAUAUUUUAAAACUAGAAAUAAAUAAGAAUUAAUAAUAAUAAAAGUAAAGUAUUAAUAUUAUCCUAAAUAUUUGAAUUUUAUUCUUUAGAAUGUUUUGAGUAAUAUACAUUAGUGUGGGGCUCUUCUUCUGGCGUAGACACCGCUUACUCGUUUAUAGCCGAGUCCACAACAGCGCGCCACCCAUCUCUCCUUUUGGCAGUUUGGCGCCAAGGUCCUUCUCCACCUGGUCCUUCCAUCGGAGUGGAGGUCUCCCUUUUCCUCGGCUUCCACCAGCGGUUACUGCAUCGAACACUUUCAGAACUUUAGCAUUUUCGUCCAUUCGAACAACAUGACCUAGCCAGCGUAGUCACUGUCUUUUUAUUCGCUGAACUAUGUCAAUGUCGUCGUAUAAAUCGUACAGCUCAUCGUUCCAUCGUCUGCGGUACUCGCCGUUGCCAAUGUUUGAGGGACCAUAAAUCUCCCGCAAAUCUUUCUCUCGAAAACUCCUAGUGACACCUCAUCGGAUGUUGGCAUCGUCCACGCUUCUGCACCAUAAAUUAGGACGGGAAUGAUGAGGGACUUGUAGAGUUUAGUUUUUGUACCUUCUCCGUUUAUCUCUGGGGCUCGUACUAUUUUUUCCAGCGUCAGGUUAAAGAAGUCACACGAUAGUGAGUCACCCACCGCUUUGUUGUUCUUCAAGCGGGUAAUUGCUACUCGAAUUUCUUCAUGGUCUGGUAAUGGAACAUCUGUUCCACCGUCACCGAUUGAGGAAUCGGAUUCGCCAUCUCCUUGUGUUGUACAUUCACUGCCAUUCAGCAGGUCGGAGUACUCAGUGUACUCUGGGCAUCAACCACUAGCUCACCUUUAGGGGUCCUACAAGAGUGUGCUCCGGUCUUGAAACCUUCAGUUAGUCGCCGGAUCUUUUCGUAAAAUUUUCGAGCAUUAUCCCUGUCGGCCAGCUUGUCAAGCUGUUCAUACUCACGCAUUUCGGCCUCUUUCUUUUUUUGUCUACAAAUGCGUAUCGCUUCCCUCUUCAGCUCUCGGUAUCUUUCCCAUCUCGCUCGUGUUGCGGUCGAUCGCAACAUUGCGAUGUUUUUUGUUUUCUCUCCACUGCGAGGCGACAAUCCUCAUCAAACCAGCUGUUUUUUUUUUUACUUUUCCGAAAGCCAAUGGUUUCGGUUGCAGCUGUACGUAAGGAGCUUGGUGUGCCGUCCCACAGUUCCCUUAUACCGAGAAGCUGAUGAGUGCUCUCAGAGAGCAGGAGUGCAAGUCGAGUAGAAAAUCGUUUCACUGUAGGUUGUGAUUGCAGCUUCUCGAUGUCUUCCUUGUGUUUGUUGACGUGCGCGCUUUGCUGCACAGAUGCGAGUGCGUAUCUUAGCUGCUACAAGAUAGUGGUCCGAGUCGAUGUUGGGACCACGGAGCGUACGCACAUCAAAAACACUGGAGACAUGUCGUCCAUCUAUCACAACAUGAUCGAUCUGGUUGCAUGUGAUUCGAUUUGGCGAUGUUUCGUCAUGGAGGCUGAAUUUUCCGACUUUUGUGCCAAAUACACCUUCUUUACCCAUUCUAGCGGAGCACGAUUUUGACAUCGUGGCGGGGGCAGCGCUCAUAGGUGCGUUCUAGUCACUCAUCUUUGGUCACAUCGUCCUUCUCUUCCGUCGGGGCUUGGGCGCUAAUAAGCGAAAUGUUGAAGAACCUCGCUUUGAUGCGGAUUGUGGUUAGACGUUCAUCCACCGGGGUGAAUGCCUCUAUAUGGCCGCUGUAGUAGAUGUCACAAGGACCCACCGUUUUACGUCCUUGUCCCGUCCAUCGCAUAUCUUGGAUGGCGGUGAUGUCAGCCUUUACUCUUACGAGGACAUCAAGCAGCAGUGUACCAGUCGAUGUGACCUCUCUUCUAACGAUUCAGUAUAUAAUACAUACUUUUAUACUCUCGCAACAUGUUGCACAGUGAGUUUAAUAGUUUUGUCGGCCUCGGUUGUUUGUAACACCUAAAACUAAACGAGUCAGAAAUCGAGUUAUUUGAAAUCUGCAUGCCUGCCUGCCCAUCCUUCCAUCUAUACAAGUUGUAACAUGAGUAAAAAUUGAGAUAUUUGAAUGAAAUGGGCGAAACCUGCCCCUGCCACGGCCACAAAAUGACUUAUUUGGAUGCAUUUUUCUUUUGAAAGUUUACAUGGCCCCGCCUCCUAGAAACAUUUUUGUACAUAUCUAGUAAACUGCUAAAGCUAUAUCUACCAAACUUUCUGGUUUCAUAUCUUUUAGCCACUUCAGUAUGCAGUCUAAAAAUGGCCUACCUCCCAUACAACUGUUAUGUUGAAAACUACAAAAAGUGAUUUAGUUCAGUAAUGAAAAACACCAGAAGCCUUCAAUGUCAUGGUAAAAAUGGAAUUUUAUACAAAAUUUUAAAGGGGCGUCUUCGACCUUUUAUGGGUCAAAAUUGAUACCUUGACCAAUUUUUAUGAAAUACGGUUCAUAAUAGUGGUACUCAUUUAACGUCGCAAUUAAAUAAAAAUGGUAAAUUUGCAAUAUGGCAACACAAGUUAAAUGAGCGCUCUUUGGCAAUAUUGAGGCAAUAUCAGCUGAUUGUGAAUUAAUUGUAAGCAUCAUGGAUAAUAUGAUACGAAACUCUUCUCUUUUGCUUGUUGAGAGAGCCCAUGAACUCAUUUUUGAUGUUGGCAACAAAGCCAGAUCAUGGGCUACUGAACAGCUGACAGUCAAAAUGACGAGCUACCACUAAGAAUCCCGCAGAAAUAAAAGCUUAAAUGGUUCGUUUUUGUACGAUAAGUUUUUUGUGAUUUUUGAAUUACUAUUAACUUUUAUUUAAAUGGAGUUAAUAUGUGUAUUUAAGAAACGGUGGCUAUUUGUACGAAAGUAAUAUAUGUACGUUCUUUAGCAGUGUUAAAUGCCAUUUACGUAAAUACAUAUCUGGGUACAAAUUUUCUCUUCAACUUUUAGAGAAUAUAUUAAGGUGUUUAUUUGUUUAUAAUAUAUAAAUUAAUAUAUGUGUUACUAAAAUAUUUGCAGUAAACUAAGCUACAUUUUUGUUUAUGUUGACUUAUAAUAUGUACGAUUUUUAAAUAUUAAAAUAUUUUAUUAUUUUUAUGUGUAGAUGUUUAUUGUUUAUCUUAAAAUAUAUAUUUAUAAAUGUAUGUGUUGGCGUAAUAUUGGUUAAGAAGUCUCUAUUAAGCGUAAAUUGCGAACUAAUAAAUACACAAGAAAUCGAAUAAAAAUCUCCUAACUUAUGUUUUCCCCCAGUGGCACCACUGUCAAAUGUUAUUAAAAAUGCGGACUUUCGCAGCUCUCUCUCGAAUGAAAGAGUUUCGUAUCAUGUUAUCUUUGUCAUGAAUGCCACUGAAAAUGGUCUCGCGUAUUUGCAAUAUAAAAUAAAUAAAAUAAAAUGUAUGUAAAAAUUAACAGCUGUUUUACGAUAUUACAAUUUUGCGAUGUAAAUUCUUCCACAAUUGACAAAUUCAUUAAAUUCUCUACAACGGAUCAUAUUUUUGUAACGGUUCACCGUAUUUUUCAAUAUAGUCAAAACGGUUGACACUUUAAAAUUAAUUUUUUAUACAAUUCCGACACUUGUACUUCUGUUUGGUGCUGAUUUUUCUUGUACUCAUUUUUUCAAUUUGCACAUUUCUUUUGAAUUUUUCGAAGUUAUAUUUAUAACUCUGUUUUUACCACGAUUUUAUUUGAUUUUUAACUCUUUCUACAUAUCUCUUCUUCAUGUUGUUCGUUAAAACAAAUCCCGGAUGUUCGUUAUUUAAGGUACUCCAUUUACCCUACAAGCGGUACGUUACAAGCGGUUUUCGUUAAAACGAAUAAUCGUCAUUUCGGAAAACUACUGUAUUUUGGAUAUGAUUGGUGGCAAAAAUUGUUCGGUCCGGUGUCUUAAAAAAAUUAAAUAAAACAUUGCCAGAGUAUAUAAUGAUGGUUACACCCAAACUUAACCCUUCUUUUCUUGUUCUAGUUAGAGUUCUAUUUAACUGAAUCACUCUAUUACUUAAACAGUUAUUCUAAUAAUCGGGUUGGAGUCGAAUUAAACAAAUCAGAGAUCAUCGAAAUCGGUUCAAUAGUUGUCUAAACAUUGUUUAUAUUUUUUGCAUUUUCACAUUUUAUCUCCAGAGAACUUAUAAUAUAGAGAAGGUUCAAUCAGAGAACUUAUAAUUUGACAUUCUCUGUUAUCUCCAUUGAAAAUGAGAAUGAAUAGAAUUAAGACUAUCAGGCAUGAAAUUGUAAAUCGAGGUGUGAUGAAAUUCAAUAGAUUUGUUUCCGGUUCGAACUUAAAAUCGAAACAGCUGAUAGUCCAACAACUGAUAUUCAAUAACAAUUUUGUGUGAAAUAUUUUUGUGAAUACGAGUGUUGCCCGACGCAUUUUAAGAGAUCACCCAAAUCCCUUAGAUAUUCCAGAGUCAGUGUAAGUGCAUACACAUACAUAUGUAUGCACAUACAUACGUAUCAGCUGUAUGCCUAAUGUUAACAGGCAGUAUAUACAGAUUCAUUUCGGUCCACAGGAUAAAUAAAGAAUCUUUUCAAUUUUUAUUAGCGAUAUAAGGCCACUAAUGAAGUCAACGACCAUAGCUGUUAUGUUGAAAUUAGCAGCUACGUUUAGAUUUCUUGCGGAAGAAGGAUUUCAGAGAUACGGCACUUGAAAGAACUUUCCCACAACAUAUGACGCUUUCAUAAUUUAAUUUUUUUUCAUGGAAGAACUUGAUGCAAAAAAGAUUCAUGAUGAACCGGCCGUUCAGAAGCCGCCUAUUGAUUUUGCAAAUAUAAGGAAACAAAUUGCAAAUAAUUUAAUGCGAACAAUUUAAGUUGUAGUGUUUAUUAUUUAUUAAAUAUAGCAAAUAAACUACAAAAACUAAACUAACUACGCUUUAAUUAUUAAAUUAUCCACAUUAUUCCAAAAUCGCUAUCAAAUACAGUACUUUUCGGUUAAUUGCACAUCAAAAUUUGCACAAAUUUUCGUUUAAUUAACCGGAGAAUCAAUUAACAGAUACUCGCUUAAUUGAACAAUUUGUUCAAUUAAAAGAAUCCCGUUUGUUCAAUUACAGGAAUCACGCUUAUUUGGACCAUUUGGUGAAUUAAGCUAUUACGUGGGAAUUUUUGUCUUAUUAAUUAGUACAAUAUUAAAAUAUUAUGAUUAAAAUUUCAAGAAUGUAAAACUUUAAACGGAUUUAUCUCAAAACUCGAAUUUUGAAGUCAGUGGACACUAUUUAUUGAAAAGUUAUGAAGUAUUCUGUUGAAAAAUUUUCACACAUCUUUAUUACAACUAUUUUUCGAAUCAGUAUAUGGCGAAAAUUUGACCACAAAAGUUAGCUUUUUCUUCAUUAACAACAAAUAUAAAUUAAAUAAAUUUCAAAUUUAUAUCUAAGAUCUCUAUGUAUGUUGGAGAAAUCUGCUAAGAUCUCUAUAUUGUAGCCAAGCAUUACAGCAAACAAGAUCAAUGAAGUGUAUGAAAACUUUCAAAGUCCAUUUCCGCGUCUUGAAAAAUGGGCGAUAUGCCUCCAUUAACUGAUGACAAAUAUCCACGCCUCCCAUCGAUUUGUUGUAUUCUCUUACCUAUAUCCUUGGGGCUGGAAUUUCAACAUACCUUUUUUCUUUUUUAACCCAGCGUUUAACAUUGGGCCACAACCAUAUGCUGAUGAUGGCAGGAUUACCGCUUUAGAAUCUUUCCACUGCACCACGACAAUAUUGUCUUCGCUAUGACAAAAUUCUUCCAUAUCGCCCCUUUUCAUUUGUUUUUCAUUGGUGAGGUGGAUAUUUUUAUUCUGUUUCUCAUUAUUGUCCCAGUGGCAUAAAUACCACGACUUAAAAGCGUCUGAAGAAGCGGUAUUGUCGUAAAGUAGCGAUAAAAAAAAAAACUUUUGAACCUUCUGGCAGUGUUUCAACCAAACGCAAAACGAAGGCUGGUCCUAGACCCAAGUUCGUAUUCGAAAGUGGAGUCGUCUUUCCUUGAUAGAUUUCAAAAUCAAGCACCAGACCUUCAGAUGUUGUUAAGACUUCAUUCUUCAAUCCCACUCCUCUUGGUUUGUUAGGGAGACUUUGUCGAACAGGACAACGGCCAGUGAAUGGGAUCAUUUGUUCGUCUAUAGAAUAAUUAUCGCCUGGCUUUCUGGGAAGGCUUCGACAAGCUGAUCUAAUAACUUCAAUCAAAGGUUUUAUUUUCCAAAAGACAUUGGAUUGUUUAUCUUCUUCUGUUACUUCAUUGGCGUCCACCACAUGGAGACACAUGCGCAAAAGAAGGAAACGAUCGCGACUCAUUGUAUCAGCUUCAAUAGGAAGUCUUGUUUUUUUCCCAGUACCGAUUUCUCCGAUUGUAGCCGCCAAUGGUUUUCCUUUCGUAAGCAUAUGGUACCUGUUUGUGUACUCCACUACUCUUUUUAAAAAAUCGUCAUUGAAAUAAGCAGAGAAAUAAUUUUUAGGAGACUCCAAAGUUACGUUAAUUUCCGCAGAUUGAGAAACACUCUCUUCCAAUUGUAUAUCAAAAGGUCUUUUCCUCCAAAUAUCACGGCGAUUGGCGUUUUCAGUGACAUUUUGUGGUGUCUCCGUAGCGUUAAUUUCAUGAUCAUCUUCGUCACUUUGAUCGUCUAAAGUUUCAUCUCCCACAGAAGGUAGUUCCCAAAUCGCAUCUACAAGCUCGUCAUCGCUACUAAAAUCCUCUAAAUCCGACUCCAAUAGUGCACAAAGUAUUUUGUCUUCAGGGAAUUGCUCUAAAUGCAAAAAAAAGAUCAUAUUCAUAUUUCGUUAAAUAAGUCCUGACACGCAAAAUUGUAUCACUUGAAACAAAACAGUCUAAAAAACACUUGAAGUUACAAAAUAAAUACUGAAUGCCACUUUUUAAUUAAAACUUGUUCUGUUUUGAUUGAGAUUACACAUUUUUGAUAAUGAUUUUCACUUUUUAAACAAGUCAAAUAAUUUAUCAUACUUACUCCUCCGACUCAUUUUUGCAAAUGAUUGAAAUGCAAUAUUAAAAUAGCAAAAUUCACCAAAACUAACGGACUCCGAAAACGGUCCGUUAUGUUUUUUAUUAAGCAAACAGCUCAUACAAUUGUGCUAUUCAGGUCUCAUUAUAAUAGGACAGAUAUUGAAAGAGAUAAUAAAAUUUAAACGCACACGCACAAUUGUGCGUACACGGUCGGAAAGGGUUAUGUGAACAAAAAUGUAGUACUCUCUUAGCAACUUUGUUGCGAGAGUAUAAAAAUAAUAAACUCGUAUAUAUAGUGUUGUCUUGAAAAUUUCAAAGAAAGUACAUUUUUUCUACCCACCCACAAUUAAUUUUUAUAUUAGUCUGUAUUUUCUAGAAAAGUACACUGACAAAGCUUUAAUUUAAAACGAUAACAGAAAACACAUGAUCUAAAUUUCUAUUCCAGCGAUUCUAACAGAAUUUGUGAAUUUUAUUCAUUAGUUUUAAUAAUUUCGGUUUGACUUUUUCAAGGGCGCUACUGUAGUCUUGCGUAUUCAUAGUUGGCAACGCAAGUGCACUGUGCUCCACACAAUAGCAUGCACACACUCCUAUGGCCAAUGGAUGCAUUCAUACAUAAAUUCCUAUUGGCACAUACUCGCAUUUACAUACAGAGAUACACAUACAUACAUACGAGUUUAUGUUGAAGCAGAGAAGGAAAUGCCGAAAGAGCGGAUGAUCUCACCAAUUUCAUGCGGCGAUGGCAAUGCCUUUGUUGAUCGUGGCUCAAACGCUACGCCGCUUCAUCAAAGCGUUCGCACUCAGCUAAAACCCCUGGCUUCGAUUGACCAAAGUGAGAGUUGGAGCAGGUUUUAUGCUUGCCUUGAGCGCGAAAAGAUAGUUUCGUUUGGGAAGUUGCCGUGUGAACGUCGCGAAGCGGAUUGAACCGAAUUCGAGAAAUAGAAACAAACGGAUUAAUGUGGUGUGCAUAUUCUUGUUAUUAAUGCAAAGCUACCAACUGAGUAAUUAUUCAAAUUAUUCAAAUAACCGUUUCAACACUCGAUUUCUUUACCGUAUGUUAACUAUUCGUUUAUUUUGGUCAUUCGGUGAUUGUGCACACAAGUGGUGAAUGCGCAGAGAUUCUCCUGCUCAUUGAUAAUCUGCACACCAACACAACUCAAAGUUCAUGUACGCACACAGGGACAGAAAUGCACUUGUGCAGCUAAGAGGAGAAAGAAAACGAAUGGUGUAGAAAAUAAAUACGAAAAAAAACUAGCAAAAAAUUAUAAGCCGAACUGAACAGAAAACUCGAAAAUGUUUAAUGCACCUGGAGUUUCUAAUAUGUUCAAUAAUUAAAAUAAAUGUGUAAUUUGUCAUUAACUGUAACAUCUCUCUGCUGACAGGCGCCUCUGCGGUGUUUUUGCAUCUCAGUCAAUCUUAUAGAUAA